AUGUCACCCCGAGUUGUUAGCAUUCCCAUCCGACCCAUUCCCGUCGCCAAGACUCCUCCCAAUACAGCGCCGCAUAUUCGUGCAUCGCAACGUGCUGCUUCGACCAUGGCCAGUUCGCUCAAGGUUCACAUUACCCCUGAGAAUACGGGGUUGCUCCAUGUGCCGCAGACGGCGGAGGCGGCGGACAAGGCCACGGAGUUGCUGCAGAAGGAUCUCGAGACUCACCAUGCAUUCUUCAACGAUAGAGGAUACCACAAUCAUCUCGUCCACCACAUCCUCAGCCUCUAUGGCACCGGCGCCUCGGCAAAGGACCUCCAGUUCGCCUAUGACCAGAACAAGACCUACCAACGUGACCUCAACGCUCCCCAUGACCACGUCGCCGACCGCCUCGACGAAUGGCCCGAGGCCCUUAACUACCUUGGAAAGCCUCAGUACUUUCCCGACCUCUUCAUCUACUUCCAGCGCGAGAUGGACAAGCUAGGAUGGCAGGAGGCAUUGAAAAAGCAUCUCUUUGCCGGCACUGAAAGGAGCGAUGAUAUGCUUCAGAGGAUGUUUGCUGGACUCCUCCACCCCCUCAUCCAACUCCUCUACGGCAUCGAAUGGGCACAACCCGCCCUCCUCGCCUCCGCCCUCGCCCAAGCCGGCAUCCACAAAAACCAGCUUGGCCCCUUCCUAACACAGGCCGAGAAAGAUGCCGCACGCCCGGACAUCGAGCCCAUGGGGACCAUCCUCGACCUCUUCAAAGACGCCGGCGAGAAUGAAGCACUGAAGCGCCAUGUCACAUCACCCGAUAACAAUAACACGUAUCAGCUCGUGACGGAGGGGAUCGAUGACGCGGCGCCGUUUGCGGCGAGGGUGAGGGUGAAAGAGGAGGAGCUGGAGGAGAGGACGGCGGAGGCUUUUCAGGCGGGGUUGGUUGUUGCGGGGGCGGCGACAGUGCAUCUUCCGCAUGAACCGCGGUUUGAUUUCUUCCUUAUCCAUCACGUCAACCUCGACCCCAUCUUCCUCACCAUAAACACCCAAUCCUGGAUCCCAACCUCGGCGAAAGUCCGUAUCCUCGAAUGGAAGAUCCGCACCGAUAUUCUGCGCUGGCUAGGUAUUGGUUCUCCGCCGCUUGACUUUGACAAGGCGAUGGAAUAUACGCCCAAGGACAAGACUCCUGCUUCUAAGCUCGAGGACCUCCUCCCUAAAUUCUACCAUAUCGCUGACGACGGCCAUUCCAUCAAACUCGCCCGAGCAACCGUCUUAUGCCACAACAUCUUGCAAAAGUACCAGGAUAAACCCUGGGUACGCAUUCGCGGCCAAGAUACGUGGCUAAAGUUGAUGCAUCUGCUUGUUGAUGUGACGGUGGAUCCCAAGGGGGUCAGGUGGGUUCGCGAUGCUGGCUUCGAUUCGGCUUGGGAUGAUGUUCCAAAGCUCGAGAAACGGUAG